CCCGCGAGCGGCGCAUGCACGUGCUGCCCUCCGAGCACGUGUUCUUCAUUGUGCGCGUGCAGCCGGCCGACCAGGGCACGUACACGUGCCGCGCGAGCAACGACGCCGGCGAGAUCCAGGCCAACGCCACGCUCAGCGUGCUAGAGGUGCCGUCGUUCGUGCGGCCCAUGGAGCACCGCCAGGUGGUGGCCGGCGAGACGGCCGUACUCGACUGCAUGGCUUCCGGCUCGCCGGCGCCGCGGCUCACCUGGACCAAGGACGGCGCGCCGCUGCUCGCCACAGAGCGACACUUCUACACGGCCGGGCAGCAGCUGCUCAUCAUCGUGCAGACGACGCCGGCCGACGCCGGCUCGUACGAGUGCCAGCUAAGCAACGUGCUCGGCGAGGAACGCGGCAGCGCCACGCUCACAGUGCUGCCAGGCCCAUCGUUCGGGCUGGACGACGACUCGACAUACGCCAUCAUCAUCAUCGCCGUCGUGUCGGGCGUGGUGGUUACCUCCCUCGUCUGGGUCAUCAUCAUCUACCACGCGCGCAAGCGCUCGCUGCGUCAGCUGCGCGCGCGCGCCGCCACCGCCGCCUUCGCCGCCGGCGCCGACCGGCAGCUGUCGCCGCCGCCGCCGCGCGCCGUGGCCGUCUACGCGUCGGGUGCGGCCGCAUCGCUGCUGGAGCGGCGCGCCUCCAGCGUGCAGCUGUACACAGGCGACGACGGCUCGGAGCACAGCAGCGGCAAGGACAGCGGCCAGGGCGGCCACGACGAGGCGACGCUGGAGGCGGUCGUGGCCGUCGCCGACUCGGAUGACGAGGGCGUGGGCGGCAACGCCGCUGCUGGAGCGGCGGCCGCGCGUGCUUACGACGUUUCAGGGGGCGCUGGCGCCGGCGGCCGGCCGCGAGAGCCUGCAGACUGUGGUACCGCGCCACUUGUACACUGAGCGUCGGCUGCCGGCCGUCCGCGCCCGGCCCACUGAGGUGUGAGGGCCGCGCCAGCCGCGCGGUCCACGGUGUGCCAUCGUGUCUGUUUCGGGGCGGCGACCGUGGCGUGAGCCGCUCCUUCCCCUCCCUCCUUUCCCCCACCGGUGGCAGCUGGCUCGGUGUUGACUGUCUAGGCGACCUUCCUCGUAUUUAUUGCCGACGUAUCAGAUGACAUAUCUUCUUCGUCAACGCUUUCCGUGUAGUGCUCCGCCUUUCUAUCAGCUUUGCUGUCGUUACCGGUGCCGUGUUUUACCCUGUAGGCAGAAUGUUAUUGGUCGCUGUCACACUGUCAGCUGACCAGCGCGUGGCGCUGAUUGGUGUACCCAUUGUGACGUCGGCCCGCGCGUGACGUUCAUUGGUGUAGCUAUCGUGCCGUCAAUCGGAGCCUCCGGGAGGACGCUCCUUUGAUCUGGUGCAGCCAGGCUGCCCGAUCGCAAUGCAUGUGAUAUAUUAUUUAUGUACAAAUAGUUAUUAUGAAGUUUGAAUCCAGUCCAGACGUAACAUGAUGGUGCGUGCGCGCCGAAGCUGCGGUGUGGAGAGCGGAAGACGAGGAGGAGCCGAGUAGAUGUGUAGUGUAGCUGUUCGUGUGUCGACGUUGUAAUAUUAUUGAUUCGUGUACGUUGUGGGAGUGAAGGGCGCACGGAGGGUCCCGUAAAGUAUUUUCGUGGUCGAUGUGAAUAAGUGUGGAGAGAAGAGUAAUGUCUGUAAUACAGGAAAUCGUGACACUACA